AUGAAUUGCUGGGCUCUUUCCUUGAGGUGUCGUUUCUUGUUUCAUGCUAUUGAAACAUUAAUCUUAACUUAUUAUGACUCCUUUGUGUUGGUCAGCUCUCAGGGACAUUUCCCUAGGCUUGAAAAUGUGGGAGCUUUCAAGAAUGUGUCAAUCGUGCCAACUCAAGCCACUUGUGGGCUGCCAGACCGAAGUACUUUCUGUCAUAGCUCGGUAGUUGAAGAAAGUAUUAUGUCCUGCACCCAGAGGUUUUGUGUUCAGGAAUGUCCAUAUAGGUCGUCGCCGCCUUCCUACAAACUGCUUCUUUCAGAAGGCCUUGGUACCUGUAUCACAGAGGACAAAAGGGAUUUGCAUCCAGGGUCCUUCAGCAACGCUUCCAGUUUUAUUUUUCAUAAUCACAAGGAUUGCUUCUCUACUCCCCAUUCUCCGAGGCUUGCAGCUUCAUUUACAUUAACUGUAUGGUUGAAACCUGAGCAAGAAGGUGUAAUGUGUGUGAUAGAAAAGGCUAUUGAUGGGCAGACUGUGUUCAAACUCACAAUCUCUGAGAAAGAGACCGUGUUUUAUUAUCGCACAGUAAAUGGUUUGCAGCCACCAAUAAAAGUAAUGACACUGGGGAGAAUUCUUGUGAAGAAAUGGAUUCAUCUUAGUGUGCAGGUGCAUCACAGCAGAAUUAGUUUCUUCUUCAAUGGCUGGGAAGAUGACAACACACCUUUUGAUUCAAGGAUUCUUGUGGGAACAGUUGCAGAUAGUGAUGCUGAUGGUACACUGAAAAUUGGACAAAGUUUCACAGGUUUAGAGCAAUUUGUUGGAAGAAUGCAAGAUUUUCGGUUUUACCCAGUGGCACUUACAAACAGAGAUAUUUUGGAAGUAUUCUCUGGAAAAUUUCCUCAUCUGCAUACCCAGUCUGAGUGCCGCUGUCCUGGAAGUCAUCCCCGGGUACAUCCGUUGAUACAGAGGUACUGCAUCCCUAAUGGUGCAGAUGAUACCACUAACGACAGAGUGCUGAGGUUGGAUGCAGAAGCUCAUCCUCUGUAUUACAUCAAUGAUGAUGAUAUUGGGACCACCUGGAUUUCAUCUGUGUUUGCUAAUACUGCAGGUCUGGAUCGUGGUGUUUCUAUCACCAUAGAUUUACAAAAUGGACAGUAUCAGGUAUUCUAUAUUAUACUGCAGUUCUUUAGCCCACACCCUGAAGCAAUAAGAAUUGAAAGGAAAAAAAGAGACGAACUAAACUGGGAAGACUGGCAGUAUUUUGCUAAAAAUUGCAGUAUUUUUGGAAUGGAUAACAAUGGAUCGCUGGAAAAACCAGACUCUGUCAACUGUCUCCAGCUUCCUAGCUUUACACCAUAUUCCCGUGGUAAUCUAACUUUCAGUGUUCUUACCCCGGAACCAAAUCACCGGCCUGGUUACAAUGAUUUUUACAAUACUCCAUCUCUCCAAGAAUUUGUAAAAGCUACACAAGUGAGGAUUCAUCUCCGUGGCCAGUAUCAUACUAAUAAGCCUUGGGUAAAUUUUAGGCACAGAUACUACGGAGUUAAUGAAGUUACCAUCAGCGGAAGGUGUAAUUGUCAUGGCCAUGCUGAUAAUUGCGAUGCAGCUAUGGAACCGUAUAGGUGCCUGUGCGUCAAGGAAAGCUAUACAGAAGGAAAUAAUGUUA